AUGAGUUCUGAUGAGUUAGAUGCUUUCCGUGCGGAGCUUCUUCGGCAGAAGGUUAUAUUUGAAGCCGAGCUGCGCCGCCAGAGGGACACAUUUGAAGAAAAACUUGCGAGAGUCACGCAGGAGUUAGCAGAUAGAGAGGCAGAUUGCCGCAACCUCCAGGCAGUCGUGACUAUCCUGGGGAAGAAAGUGGAUACUCUACACCAAAAGUGUCCCACCACGCCGUUGCGACGCCCCUCCCCAACAUCUAACCUUCAAAUGAGGGGAACGGGGGGAGACACUCAAAGGGAAGCAACACCGGGACGGGACAGCCGCACAACGAGAAUGUCGAGUCCUUCCGCACGCAGGCCGUUUGGAGGUCGUCUGCAGACUCAACCAUCGCUAAUCAACCUCCCGACGAGCGCCUCGAGCGUAUGUGCCCCUAGUGUCAGCAGCGCGGGUAGCCGAAACACCAGUCCCGCGCGUCAGCUGCACAUUCGGCGACCAAGGCUUCGAAGUUAA